AUGUUGGGCAUACUAGUAAUAUUUCAAUUAUUUGUCUAUGUUUUAUCAUUUGAUUUUGGAUUAUCGCCAAAAUAUUAUAAAAUUGGUGAACCUGUUGAUUUAUUAGUUAAUAAGGCUGAAAGUGAUCAUACUCAAUUACCUUAUGCAUAUUAUGAUCUUAGAUUUGUAUGUCCUCGUCUGAAGGGUAAAAAGGCUUUACAUUUAUCAUUAGGUGAAAUCUUAAGAGGUGAUAGAAUUUAUGAAAGUGAUUAUAAGUUAAAUUUUGGUAUUGAUAAUCAUUGUACGAGAUUAUGUGAUUUCAAAGCCAAAGAAGCUCAAUUGAAAUUCGCUGACCAAUUGAUUAAAUCUGGAUAUGUAGUUCAUUGGUCUGUUGACGGAUUACCUGGAGCUACAACUUUUGUUUCCAAUAAUAAGAAUUCAAAAUAUUAUGCUGCAGGAUUUCCUUUAGGUUUUUUCAAUAAGGAUCAAAGUUAUUUAUAUAAUCAUUUCAUGUUGGUUAUACGAUACCAUACAGAGAAACAUGAUCCAAGCUUACAUACAAUUGUUGGUUUUGAAGUUUACCCUAAAUCAGUGGUUGAUGAGACGUGUCCUGGAUCACUGAAGGAUUAUAAGAAUUUAGCUGUUAAUUUGAAGAAAGAUUCCAAAGGUAAAAUAGCUCCAGUAAGAAUUCCUUAUACUUAUUCAGUUUAUUGGAGAGAAGAUAAUUCAGUUGAUUAUCAAAACCGUUGGGCUCUUUAUUAUCAAAAUGAUAAUAUCGAUCAUUCAAGAGGUAUUCAUUUAGUUUCAUUCUUAAAUUCCAUUGUUCUUUUAUUCUUAGUUUCAUUAAUUGUAGCUAUAAUUUUAUUCAGAAUUUUGAAAUCAGAUUUAUCAAAAUCUUCAACUUUGCCAACAACCGUUGAUGAAAAUAAUGGUUGGAAGAAUUUGAAUAAUGAAGUAACUAAAAAACCUCAAUAUCCUUUGGUUUUAUCAAUGUUUGUUUCUUCAGGUUUACAAUUGAUGAUUGCAACUGUUGGUAUAAUAUUCACCACUAUCAUCAAAUCACAAUUUGAAACACAACCUCAAGGUUCCCAAUUUAAUAAUUAUCAAGGUGCUUUUACAUCAUUUGCUUUAUCAUGUUUUGUAUUAUCAGGAAUUAUUCCCUCAUUUAUUGGAAUAAUUCUUUAUAAGAUCUUUAAUAAUGAUGGAAUCAAUAAUCCAUAUCCAAGAUUGGCUAAUUAUAAAUUAUCAAUAUUAUUCAGUGGUUUCUUACCAAUACUUAUAUUGAGUUUUAUGAUAUUCUUUAAUUUCUUUGUUUUUGCUAAAGAAUCUUCAAAUGCCUUACCAUUUGGUACAAUUGUUGUAUUAUUGGUAUUAUUCUUAUUAAUUAUGUUACCUUUGGGAUUAAUAGGAGGUCAUUAUGGGAAUAAAACCAAAUUUAAAGAUUCAUCAUUUUAUCAUUUCGCAUCAUUACCUAAAUCCACCAAAACCUUGAAACCUUCACCCAUCACCAAUACACCUAGUAGAAUCAUCAAAAAUACCGUGUUCUUAAUGAUUAUGUAUGGUUUAAUACCUUUCGGAGUUGUUUAUGUUGAAUUAUCAUUCAUUUUAAAUUCAAUUUGGUUAGAAAAGACUAGCUUCUAUUAUAUGUAUGGAUUCUUAUUCAUUACUAUAAUAAUGUUAAUGGUUAUAAUAGCAGAAUCUGCAAUCAUCGGAAUUUACAUAAAUUUAAUUGUUGAUAAUAAUCCUUCAUGGCAAUGGUUAUGUUUUAGAAUUGGUUGCAGUAUUGGGUUAUAUAUUUAUGGUUAUUCAUUUUAUUAUUUCUUCAAUCAUUUAUUCUUUAGAGAUUUUGUUUCCAUACUUUUAUAUUUUGCUUAUAUGGGAUUAAUAAGUUUAUUAGUUGGAAUAACUUGUGGUUCAGUAUCUGUUAUAACGGGAUUUAUUUUCAUUAAGAAGAUUUAUAGUUCGAGAAAAUCCGAUUAA